CUGCCGGGCCGGGCGAUGGCGGCCCUCCGGCGGCUGCUGUGGGCGGCGCCGCGGUGCCUGGGCCCCGCCUUGCCCGGGCCGGGGCCGGGGCGGUCGCUGCGGGGGCGGCCGGGCGCCGAGGCCGGAGCGACGGCGGAGCCGGAGGAGCGGGAGGAGGACGAGGAGGCCUGGCAGCGGCGGCGGCGGCGGCGCUGGGGGGAGCUGGGCGCGGCGGCCGCGGCCGGGGGCGGGCUGGUGGGCGCCGUGUGCCACCGGCUGUACGGUCCGCAGCAGCAGCCCCCGGCCGACGAGCCGAGCCCUGAGCCCGCCCCCCAGGCCCCCGCGCCCCUCGCGCCCCCCGCCGCGCGCCUGCCCCUCGCCGUGGCCGCCGCCGCCAGAGACAGCACGGUCGCCGCCAGUAGAGCAGAUUUGGAAGACCUAGACGUUUUUGCCACUUCUCGAGAGAGACGGUUCCGCUUAUUUGCUUCUUUAGAAUGUGAGGGGCAGCUGUUCAUGACUCCACACGAUUUCAUUCUGGCUGUCACAACUGACGAGCCCAAACGUGUUAAACAGUGGAGAUCACUUUCCAAACAGGAAUUAAAUGAGAUGCUUAAAGAAACACCACCAGCUUGGAAAGGAUCAUCCAAACUUUUUCGAAACCUCAAGGAAAAAGGUGUGAUUUCUUACACAGAAUACCUGUUUCUUUUAUGUAUUUUAACAAAGCCUCAUGCAGGUUUUAAAAUAGCUUUCAAUAUGUUUGAUACUGAUGGCAAUGAGAUGGUGGAUAAAAAGGAGUUUUUGGUGCUUCAAGAAAUAUUCCGGAAAAAGAAUGAAAGGCGAGAGGCAAAAGGAGAUGAGGAAAAGCGGGCACUGUUGCGUGUUCAACUUUAUGGACUCCAUGCCUCUCCUAAUAAUGUGCUUAAAACGGGAGAACUCAUCUCCAGAAGCUAUUGGGAUACACUGAGACGGAACACAAGCCAGGCCCUCUUCUCGGACCUCACUGAGCGAGCUGAUGACAUCACAAAUUUAGUGUCAGAUACUACGCUGCUUGUACACUUCUUUGGAAAGAAAGGCAAAGCCGAGCUCAACUUCGAAGACUUUUACAGAUUCAUGGACAACCUGCAAACGGAGGUUCUAGAGAUAGAGUUUCUUUCCUAUUCCAACGGCAUGAACACCAUCAGCGAAGAAGACUUUGCCCGCAUUCUGCUGCGAUACACAAAUGUGGAAAACACAGCUGUGUUUUUGGAUAAUGUGCGCUACAGUAUGAUGGAAGAAAAGGGCAUCACAUUCGAUGAAUUCCGGUCCUUUUUCCAGUUCCUGAACAACUUGGAGGACUUUGCGAUUGCACUGAACAUGUACAACUUUGCCAGUCGUUCCAUAGGGCAAGAUGAAUUCAAGCGUGCUGUCUACGUGGCGACGGGCCUGAAGCUCUCGCCCCAUCUGGUGAGCACCAUCUUCAAGAUUUUUGACGUGGACAAAGACGAUCAGCUGAGUUACAAAGAAUUUAUCGGCAUCAUGAAAGACCGGCUGCAAAGAGGAUUCCGGGGCUACAAAACGCUUCAGAGGUACACCACUUUCAAAUCCUGCCUGAAGAAGGAACUCCACAGCAGAUAGGUGCCCACCAAGGGGCGGAAAGGAUGGCUGAGUGACUGGGCAGCCCCUUGGAAGCCUUCACAAACCGACUCGCAGCCAGCAGCUGCCGCGAUAAGAGAAGACAUGAAAAGCCGGGAGAGAACACAUUCUGUCUGUCCUCAGUCCGUGUCCGUGGGAGCCCCCACCUGCCUGCCGUGACUCACCUCCUCGCUCCGUGGGCACAUCUUCCCAUUCCCUUCUCGAGGCACAGAAAGUCCAAGGAGGAUCGACCGCCCUCGAGUCUUCUGUGUUCACUUAUUUAUUGACUUACUUACUCGCGGGCGAUCCGCCCACCCGUGACACCAACGGGGCCCGUGGAAUAGGGCACAGUGAGGAAGGCACCUGGUGUGGCUCUUGGGGAAGCGCACGCUUCCCUAGGCACAAGGGUCCAGGUCCACCCUGGUCGAGUCUCAUUCUAAUACAGCCUCAUGUCACGGGCUGUGACGCACUUUGGACUUUCGAAGGCCCACGAACGGGUACCAUUGUGGAAAUCACAGGAGACCCUUGUGCCACCCCCACACACACUUAGGAGAGGAAGCGCCCUCUGCCCGUCCCUCAGGUAUCCCUGCCCUCCAAUGAAUAUGACUCUCCCCAGCAUGCCCUGCACCUGGCCGCAGCUUGUCCUUCUGUCGAGUACUGCAUGAGAAUAGCUCUUUUCUGUUUAGGUGACAGCCUAGAAUGAAUACAAUCUGGUCGGAAAGAAUGUCUGUAUCAUAAUAUUUAUUGGUAAUAAUUUAUUCUUUCUUGAAAAAGGACCACAUGCAAUGCACAGCCUCCAGCUAGGUUGUUUUUAAGUAACCACUAAAAAUCUAGACGUAGAACUUCUUAUUCUUAAAACAAUCUGUCUUUACGGGCAGACCAGUAACUUAAAACAAUGAAAAUGAGCUUUGCAAAAAGAAAAGAAUUUGAUGCCUCUUGACUGAUUAUUGCAAGUCUGUUCAUUAAUGAGAUCCUCAGACUUGAUCACGAUAUAAAAUACUCCACUAAAGGCUUUGCAUGCUGAGUAAGAGGUUUCUGUGAGAUACUGUCUUAGCUCUGGGGUGCCUAGCUCCGUGGAGUUGGUGGUGUUUUUGUAAAUGAACAUCUGAAAUGCCAGUUUUAUUUUUUAGCCAUUAAUUUCACUUCAGUUGUAAGGGUUUCAUUAGGGUGGGCCCUUCUUCCAUUAGUCCAGAUGACAGCAACCUCCUUGAGUUGUCCUAAAUUCACCAUCAUCACCUCAUGGCCAGCCCUCUGGGGAUGUACACCUUUAGAGAAGCUGGGCCUUGAAUGCCAGGCCUGGUCAGUCCUGAGGCUUGUCCUGGCCACCUUUCCAGCAAUGUUUAAGAGGAAGGAACACAAGAGAUGCCAGGCCACCUUCUCCUGCGAUGGGGCAGCUGAGAAUGAGGUCAGCAGAGGAGAGAUGAUCAGAGCCCAUAACUGUGCUGGAAUUUUCAAGAUGGUGGCACCGAUAGCUGGUGUUCUGACUUGGCCCAGCUCCUUGGCCAGAGCUCCCUGCUCCCUGUGCUGGCCUAGGAAGAGGGAAAUCUGAAAUUAAAGUAUCACCUUGCACGUUUAAAUUCAAUCUGGGCAUUCGGUCCCUUUGCUAUUCCAUAUGAGGUAAGUACCUCUAGAUCCAGCUUGACUUAGAGUAAAUUGUUCCCCAUGUUCCCUCUUGGUGGGAAAUGAUGCUGUGUAAGUACCUGCUUGGCUGCUCUGCCCCAGUCUGGGAGAAAGCCUGGUCUUCCAGCAACAUUGCCCAUAGCAGUAGCACUGAGCCAGCCCAAAAGGCAUAGGCAGCUCCAUGCCAGUCCUUACCUCGAGGAAGCGGAUAGACUCCUGCCCGUCUGUGUAAGACUGCCAUACUCCUACUAGUUUGCUGCUGAUCACAGCGCUUCUCUGUGUGCUUCUGUAAAUAAUCUAUGGAAAGAUUGAAAGCAGAUCCCUGUGUCAGCCCCAGCAUCAUGUCGGCCAGAACCCCUGCAUUCUAAACGUGGCAUCAUGAAAUAAAAGUUUGUGGUGAUGGCUCAGACUUGCCUCCUUGAACACGCCUUCAAAAUUU